AAAUUGUGACGUAUUUCCGGCACUAAUGUCAACAACCGAAAUAGGCCAAGUGUGUAAGCAGGUACUACACGCGAACCAACAUGUCCUGCAAAAUAGAGUGCGUUCAGAGAGAACAUCUAUCAAGAAUUAAACAAAGACUUAUCCGUCAAACAUUGAAUGGGAUUAAUAUCUUUUGGAAAUGGCUGGAAAUUCCUUAAAUGGUUAAUCGAUAUCUGCAUGGGUGAUGGCUGCCAGUAAUUCUAGUUCAUUGGAAAAUGGAACAUCAACUGGGACGAAUUCUCCGGCGGAGGAAAAUACAGCAAAACUGGUGUUUUUGGUUAUUUUCAUGGUGGUGGGAUUAUUGGGCAAUGUUGUCCUUAUUGUAACAAUUGGAUGCAGUAAAAGACAGCGCACGUCCGCUUUACAGUUAUUCUCUCUCAAUUUGGCAUUUGUGAAUUGCUUAGACUGUCUAUUUAACAUGUCUUUUGCCUUGAUAACUGCGAUUGGAUCAGUUUCAUGGAGCAGUGAGGAUUUUCUAUGUCGUCUGAAUUCCUUUUUUAUGAACCUCACAUGGGUUGAAACCAUCCUUGGGUUAAUGUUUAUGACACUGGAUCGGAUGAUGGCCACUCGACAUAGUGAUAAAUACGAACAAUUUCAGAGUAUACCACGAUUCAUCAUUAUGCUUAUAUACACUUGGGUACAUUCUGUUGCUUUUAGUGUCCCUUUGUUGUUUGGUUCAAUAGAAGUUGAUGUUCAUGAAAAUGUAAAACUCUGCAUGAUGGCAAACAAUGUCUCAAUCAUUUAUACUCUUAUCAUAACACUAGUGUGCUUUUUUAUUCCCAUCAGUGUAUCAAUUAUUUUCUUUUCCCUUGCAAUGAAAGUUACAUGUUCUGAGCAUGCGAAAAGAAGCCAAAACCAAUAUUCCAAGGAAGAGUCAGAACCCAAGUUACUAAGGGAACUUAAAGGAGCAAAAUACACCGGAAUUCUGUUGUUCCUGUGGAUAAUUUUGGAAGUACCUUAUAUAAGUUCACAGUUAAUUCGAAUGUUCCGUUAUAGUGAAGAUUUAAACAUUAACAGUAGUUUUGAAAUACCAAACAGUUACACUGUUGAUGUUAGUUUGGUAUGGUUCAGAUUUGGUUUUGUUAUCAUCUUGCCAAUUUUGGCACUUUUUUGCAAAAAAGAACUUUGGCAACUAUUUAAAAAUAUAAUUUUAUGUAGAAAAUCUAAUCUAAUUGUGGACUUGGAGAUUAAAGUUGAGAACCCUCCACGUCAUGAAAAGUUAGAACUGAAAUACACUGAUGAUAAGAAACAAGGAAAAGAGGAGAAGAUGAAAGAAUCAUUUGUACAUAACUCAGGUUUCCAAGUUCCUGUUCUCUUUGCUACUUCUCAAGGUGUUCAUAUCCAGACUGGUUCAGAUGAAGAAUCAGAUUAUGAUGAUAUUAAGAUCCGUGGCCGAAAGUGUGAUGUUCUGGGAUCACAGGGAAAUCUCCAAGGAUUUGAGUAUGAAACAAGUGAUUAUGACUCUAGUAAUGAGCUGGAUCCUUUUUCAAUUUCUCACCCAAUCUCUGCAAAGAAGUCGGAAGAGAUUCAUCCAAGUCUGCAGAAGCGCAGCAGUUCUCAACCAGAGGUCCGGAAAACAACUAAAUCCGAGAAAAGAAACGUAACAGUCUCCAAAGUGUCCAUUGCUUCUACAGCAGCUGCUGACUCAGGACUUGAAAUGAGCUGCAACAUUGCAACAAAAUGUCCAAGAAACAAAGACCAAGACUUAGCAACAUGUUCUAAAAAUCUACAAUCAGUAAAUGAUACUGACAGCAGUGAAAAUGGUAAAAUAAAACCAUUUAAUGAUACAAACUUUGAAACUUUCUCAGUUUUACAUGUAAAUCAACAAAAUCCUCAAGAAACACUCGAUGAAGGAUUGCUCAAGAAUACUGAUAAUGUAGAAGUCAACGAUUCAUACCUGAAAGAUUGCUCAAGAAUAGAAAACAGGAACCUGACAAUGAAAAAACCUUUUAAGCUAGAACCACUUCAGAGUCCACUGAAACAGAAAGAGAAUUUAAAAGAAAAACAAUCAGGUGAAUGUGGGCCAGAGAUUGGAAGACAUCAGUUAUAUCUCAAGUUACCAAGAGUGGAAUCUGAAAAGAAGGAAAGUCAAGAAACCGUGAAAGAGGAUUCUGGGAGCAGUCUGGAGGUCAUGACCCCAAGUGGCUGUAAGCUGGUGGAUGUUGCAGACGAUUUUCGAAAAGUUCUUAAUGAGAAUCAAUGAAAGCAUAAUUGGGGUGUUAUUAGUUGGCAGAGACAAUAAAUCCCAAAUGAGUGCUAGAAUUGAAGUGUUAUAACUGCCUUAUCAUCACAACCACAACAGCUAGAGGCUGGGGUUAGAGACCUGUACUAGGCAUAAUGUCAUCUCAUCUUUAUUUUCGACUCAACUGCUGCUGAACGUUAUUUCUCCACUGGAAUGAGGUUGGAGUACAAAUUUCAUCCCCCUACCUGUGAUCUAUUUUGAUUAAGAAAAGGAGGAAUAACUGCUUUGUUUUAUAUAGCAGUGUCUAAGAUAAUUAGGUUAAUGUAUUGGGUAUCCGUCCAUGAUACUAGACCUGGUGCAAUAGUAUACAUGUAUUUAUAUAUUUUUCAUAUUUUUGACUCAUUAUCCUCACGAUGACUGUGAUAGAUGAGACUAAUUAAUUAAU